UCUUGAAUUGAUAAUGGAAUCCCUUGUUAUUUCUUCAUCAAAGAAUCUAACUCCAGGUUCUGAUAUGGGAAACAAUAGCCCUCCUUUGACGUCUGGGAUGUCUAGGCGGCCUUCUCGGCCUCCACUACCGAAAAAUUCCGAAAACAAAGGGCUUUCUUCGACAUAUCAUGGUGUUAGGAUUGAACAACAUCCAGAUGGUUCGAUAUGUUCUCAAAAGCGUUCAUUUAAAUCAGCCUGCAACAACAUGGUGUGUGAAGAAUUGCCUAAUAUGGCAAACCUCUAUUACGAUUCGAGCAAGAUGAAAUCCGAAUGGGUGGGAAAGAUUUUGGCAGUGGCGAACAAAUCUUCCUUCAAUCAUCCCGUUGAUGAUCGUAAGAGUUCUAGUUCCAUUGCUUCAUCGGAAUAUGAAACAACUGUACAUGCUGUACAUUAUCAUGAUUCAAGUAAGUGGACCUCAAAAUCAGCAGGAAAGAUUUUGACAAUGACACGUGAAGCUUCCUUCAAACAUCCCAUUGAUGAUCCUAAGAGUUCUAGUUCCAUUGCUUCACCUGAAUAUGAAACAACUGUGCAUGGUGUACAUUUCUAUGAUUCGAGUAAGGCGAAAUCCGAAUCAGUGGGGAAGGCUUUGACAGUGCGAAACAAAUCUUCCUUCAAACAUCCCAUUGAUGAUCAUAAGAGUUUUAAUUCCAUCGGCUCAUUGCAAUCUGAAAAAACUGUGGCUUGUGAACACUAUUAUGAUUUGAGCAAGGUGAAAUCUGAAUUGGUGGGAAAGAUUCCGCGAACAGGAAGCAAAUCUUCCUUCAAACAUCUCACUGAUGAUCAUAAGAGUUCUAAUUCAAAUGGUUCAUUGGAAUAUGAAAAGCUUGAGCCCGGUGUUAUUCAGUUGAACAACCUCAUUGUACCCCAAUCAGAACCAAGCAUUUGUCUGAGUCGUUCAAGUAGUUACCGCACCGGGUCACUCUAUGCCGAAGCAAAACAAAGUUUCACCAAUACAGAAAGCGGUGACGAAAGUGAUGAAGUGAGUAGGAAGAUAAGCAUCUAUAGAGAGAGCAAUGCCAGUUAUGUUAGCGAUGAAAGCGGCUCGAGUUGUUCGAUCAGUACCAUUUACAAGCCCCACAAAGCAAAUGAUAUAAGAUGGGCUGCAAUCCAAGCUGUUAGAGCAAGGAAAGGAGACUUGGACUUUAAGCACUUUAGGGUUGUGAGGAGACUGGGGUGUGGGGAUAUAGGGAGUGUUUAUCAAUCGGUAUUGACCGGCACGAACACUUAUUUCGCCAUGAAAGUCAUGGAUAAAGCUCUUUUGGCAAGUCGAAAGAAGCUUCUCCGAGCCCAAACUGAGAGAGAGAUUCUCCGAUCUUUGGAUCAUCCCUUCCUCCCCACCUUGUAUACUCAUUUUGAGACAGAGAAGCUUUCUUGCUUGGUUAUGGAGUUUUGCCCUGGAGGAGAUUUGCAUGCUCUCAGGCAAAGACAACCUGGAAAGCACUUUCCAGAGCAAGUUGCCAGAUUUUACGUGGCCGAAGUUCUCCUCGCUUUGGAGUAUCUGCACAUGCUUGGGAUCAUUUACAGAGACCUUAAACCUGAGAAUGUUUUGGUCCGAGAAGAUGGACACCUAAUGCUUUCGGAUUUUGAUCUCUCACUUAGAUGUACCGUCUUCCCUACACUGGUUAAAUCAUCAAACUCAAACCUGGAAUCGAAAACACCAGCAUUCUGUACUCAGCCUGCAUGUUUGCAGCCAACAUGUGUAAUGCAGCCAGAUUGUAUCCAACCUGCAUGUUUCGGACCACCUUUUUUCGCGAGCAAACCUAAGAAAGAAAAGAAGAGCAAAAUAAAGAAUGACUCGAAUCAUCAAGUGAGUCUUCUCCCUGAGCUUCUUGCAGAACCUACCGAUGCUCGAUCGAUGUCCUUUGUUGGCACUCACGAGUACUUGGCACCCGAGAUCAUUAAAGGUGAAGGCCAUGGAAGUGCUGUCGACUGGUGGACAUUCGGGAUUUUUCUAUAUGAACUUUUGUUCGGAAAAACCCCAUUCAAGGGGGCCGAGAACCGAGCAACACUCUUUAACAUAAUCGGCCAGCCAUUGAAAUUUCCAGAUCACCCCAAUGUGAGCUUCGCAGCGAGGGACUUAAUCCGAGGUUUACUCGUAAAGGAACCACAGCAUCGGCUUGCAUACAGGCGAGGGGCUACUGAAAUUAAACAACAUCCGUUCUUUCAGAGUGUCAAUUGGGCACUCAUUCGAUGUGCAAAUCCGCCGGAGGUGCCGAUGCUAUCAAUGAGGGACUCGUUUGCCAGAACCGACAUGGCAAAAGUUUCCACGAACAACAUGGUUCCAGGUUUAGAUGUUCAGCCUUCCGGUAAUUAUUUUGGGAUUGAUUUCUUUUGAUUCUUGUGAUUAUUUCUUUUGUUUUCUUUCUUAGAAACAAUGUUGUAAACAUCUCUUUGAAGUUGAAAAGCAUGAGGAAAACAUCAUUUGAGA